GAAAAUUUAAUUUUUCUUCCGUAUCCUUUUUGUUUUUUUCUGAUUUUCGGAUAAAAUUUUUUGAGGCCUUGUUGUAAAUUCUCUGACCAGUAUUCUUGCCACCAAAUUUCAAUUGACCCACGUUAUUUUUGCGGAAAAUAGUUGUUAGUAAGGUGUUAGAAGGGUUAAUCUUGUUUGAUCGAAAAGAGAAAAAAAUUAAUUAGAGGCUCAUAAUGGUCAAAGAACUUCGGCCUUUAUUCGGCAGUUGUGUCCAAGUUUAUUUUUGCUUGUUCGAUUGGCACUCUGACUCAUCUAUUUUCUCCCUAAUUUUCUUUUUAAAUUUUUCAGUUCCUCUAUAUUUAUUUAAUUAAAAAUGUCAAGUCAACCUCCUUUUCUCGUUAUUGAUGGUUAUCGAGACACAGACAGAGAAGGAAAGGAUUUUCUAGAUCCCGAAGCAGGCAAAUUCAAAAGGACGGAAUAUGCCCAUUAUUUUAUUCCUGGCUGGCGAGCUUUUUUGCAGGACAGUUAUCAAAUGCCUGGUUCCGAUUGUGGUUUAUUUGAGGCGCAGUUCUUCAAAUGUAUGGAAGCAUUUGGGGCUAAAUUGUCUCGUCUUUAUUGCGAUUUGGAACAACGUGAUUUUUCGGAAUGUGUUACUGGGGAAAAGAAGUUUAAACGUUUUCGUGCUAUGAAAGACAUUCGAUUCAAAAAAUGGCUUAGAGGUGAUCGUCCAACUAUGUGGGAACCUACAAUUGAAUAUAUUCGUGCUGUGAAGCCAAACUUUGCUGGAAUGGCUACUGGAACUGAUAAAAAGCCAAAAGUUAUUCAAUCGGUUAAAACACAAUAGUAUUUUAUUUUUUUAAAUAGAAAUUAUAUAAAUGUUGUUUUGAGUUGUUUUUGAUAGGUUAUAAGUGCCCGAGGAAUUUUAGGUAUUAAGAAGAGGACUUUUUUGUUUAUCCCCCACUCAACGAUUUUUUACUGGCAAACUUUUGAAAUGUUCCCUAAAUUAAAAAAUCAUGGUUUUCCUAUGGGAAAAAAAUCUUUUUAUUUGGACGAAAUAAAAAUUUUCGGCUCUCCUUCCCUUUUAUUAUUUCUUAAAAUUAGAGGAGAAUCCACCUCCAAAUUUACUGAAACUCUUGUUAGCCUUUAUCCCUUCACCCUAAACAUAAGACGGACCAGUAAAAAAUUGUUACGGCGACCCAAUUUUUUCUUAAAAUUUUGUUAAUAUUAGAGACUGGGCCAAAGCAAGAUGUCGAGCGAAAAAACUUUAUCGAUAUUGGGAUUUUUCUAGAUAUCUUUACUAGAGGUUGGCGCGGGACGGGAUCC